AUGGCUCUCUCACGUCUCUCCUUGGCAUUCUCCUUACUUGUACUGUCAUUUAUAGCAAUUGCUUCGGCAGGCGAUUAUGGUGAUGCUGCUUCAGCUAAGUAUGGUUUUGACGGAAUACCGGCUGACAGUCCUCAGGCAAAGCCAGAAGAAGCUCAAAAGCCUCAAUACGGUGCCAAACCAGAUUCCUACCAGCACAAACCGGUAUUCAAAGAGAAGCCUGAAAAGAAGUCUACUUAUGGCACAAAUCAAGACACCUACAAGCCAAAACCAGGAGGAGAAAAGAAGCCUACUUAUGGCACAAAUCAAGACACCUACAAGCCAAAACCAGAAGGAGAAGAGAAGCCUAAUUAUGGCACAAAUCAAGACACCUACAAGCCAAAACCAGAAGGAGAAGAGAAGCCUACUUUUGGCACAAAUCAAGACACCUACAAGCUAAAACCAGAAGGAGAAGAGAAGCCUAAUUAUGGCACAAAUCAAGACACCUACAAGCCAAAACCAGAAGAGAAAGAAAAAUCUGGUUACAACAGAAACUCAUAUGUUGUAAAACCAAAACCAGAUAACUACAAGCAAGCAAAGCCAGACCAAAAGCCUAGGUAUGGAAAAGGUGAUGAAAAGCCUUCCUAUGGAACAAAAUCAGAAGCAAUGAAAAACUCAUACUUGUAUCCUGACCCUUGCCCGCCUCUGUUAGGCCUUGAACCAGGUUGUUUAUUGGGCUGA